UUUAUGAGAUCAUAAUUUCUAUAAUAUAAGCAAAUAUAUCAAAUAUUCCUGCAACACGUACUUUGCGAAAACACAAGAAUGGAAGAUACAAAUCUGAAUGAAGUGCUUACUAUAAAAAAUUCGGUAAAAAUUGCGAAACUAGGUGAGCAAUCGAAUAUCGAACCAUUAAAAUUGAAAAAGUAUAAGAAAAGAUGGAUAAUACUGAUCAUCUUUAUAAUUGCUAAUGGAGGGGGUACUUAUCAAUGGAUAAAAUAUUCGAUUAUAACUAACAUAAUCGCGAGAUAUUAUGGAGUGUCUUCGUUAAUGGUUGGCUGGACUGCGAUGAUGUUCAUGCUGCUAUACGUGAUAUUUGUAUUGCCAGUACAAUAUGUAUCAGACAAAUGCGGUUUGCGAUGGACCAUUAUUUUAAGCAGCGGUUUGAUUUGCCUGGGCUCAUGGAUAAAAAUCUUUUCUAUUCAUCCCGACAACUUCUACAUUGCUUUCAUCGGUCAGGCUAUAGUUGGAUUUAGCCAGUCUUUGACUAUACCAACGCCAGGGCGCUUGGCCGCGCAAUGGUUUCCUUCUAAUGAACUUUCAAUUGCUACAUGUUUGGGUGUUUUUGGCAACCAAAUGGGAAUAGCAUUAAGUUUCCUUUUGACGCCAAUAAUAGUGAAAAAUCAUGAAAAUUUAGAUGACAUCGGCAACGAUCUAUCGUCUUUAUGCUGUGCUCUUGUAAUUAUUACUACAAUUGCAUUCAUUCUAGUGCUUAUAUUCUUUCAGGAAGAACCAAAACUACCACCGAGUGAAUCACGGGCGCUGCAAAAAUUCAAUCGAACUAAGAAUGUAGAGGAAUUGAUUGGACCGAUUAAAAGACUUUACAAAAAUAAAAACUUCAUCAUGCUUUGUAAUUCUCACGGCUUGAGUAUCGGCGUACUGAAUGCUGUGGCUAUGUUACUUAAUCAAAUAUUCCUCGCGCACUUUGAGAAUGGAGAAGAAGAUGCGGGUAGAAUUGGAUUAUGUAUGAUUAUCAGUGGUAUGAUUGGUUCUGUUGUUUUGGGUAUCAUCCUUGACAAAACACAUAAAUUCAAAGAGACUGCCGUGACUGUUUACUUUCUCUCAUUGUGCGGUCUAGUACUAUUUUCGGUAUUUAUUUAUUGCGGCAUAAAAUGGAUGGUAUAUGUGUCGUCCAUUCUUCUAGGAUUUUUCAUGUCGGGAUACUUUGCACUGGGAUAUGAGUUGUGCACCGAAUAUACAUAUCCGGAGUCGGAGAAUUUAACCACGGGAAUCUUAAAUAUAGCGAAUAAUCUUUAUGGUAUAAUAUUUGUUAUAAUACUGGGAAUAUUACUAAAAGAAUACGGCGACGUUCCGGUGCACGUGAUCUUAAGCUCGAUUGUAUUGCUUGGUUUCAUCUUAACUGUUUCAAUGAAAGACGAGCAAAGACGUCAGGAUGCAAAGAAGAAAGCUCAGAUCGAAGGAAUUGUGAGGCUCGAGAACGAAAACAUUGAUAAUGUUCCAGAAACUGACAAACUAACUUAUAAUACGAAUUAAUAGAUAUAAAUAUCGAAAAAAAGUUGUUCAUAUUAUAUUCAUAUAAACAAAAACAGAACAAUAAACGGUCCAAAUGAUAAAUAUACAAAAUAAAAUAAAAAGGCUAAAAGACCAUAGCGCAAUGUGUUAGAGCGUAAUACUGAUAAUAAAAGACUCUAAGUAAGAGAGACAUAAUAUAUUAAAUCAGUUAGAUAUCAAAUAUAUACGUACGUUUCAAUCUAUUCAAGAUCCUUUUCAAUGCUCGAGAAACACGUUAGAAUGUAAACAAAUUUAAACUAUUAAAUAUUAAACAGAACACGAUUACAAAAAACGGACGUGAUAGAAGGCGACAUACGAUAAAUAAACAAGUAACAGUCGCAAACAUUUGAAACGCUAACAAAAGAUGUGACGAGAGUGUUAAACGGUUAACAAAUCAAAAAGUUAUCAAUAAACGCUAGUAAGAUGCAUAUCCUUCGAAAGAAGGCCGACGCUCACAUCUCCUUACGAAAAAAGACGCAGAAACUCGCAAUCAUGGAGUAUGCCAUAUCACGACUAUGCAUUGUGCGACAGUCUCACGAUGAAAAAAGUCCCAACAUUUUUCCAACGUGAAGAAAGCCAUGAAAUCAGAAAGAUAAAAUAAACUAGUCGAAAACUCUGUAAAAAUUCACGAAGCUGUCCAGGAAGAAAAUCCAAAAAAAAAGGAAACAGGUAACCAUCGAAUUUUUCGAGCGGUAUAACAAGGUAGAUGACUAUAAUGGAAGAAAACAGAGAAGCGUGAAACAAAGUAAAGUCAUGUGUACAGGUGUAGGACCUUCAAACGAUAGACGAUUAAAUGAUAACUGACAAAUUAGAAGCCACUUCUACAUAAUUCUAUCGUUUGUUCCUACAACUUUACACAUGACUCCACUUUGAUUUAUCACAGUGCAUAGUCGUCAUAAGGCAUUCUCCACGUGUGCGAGUUUCUGCGUCUUUUCUCGUAAGGAGAUAUGAGCGUCGGCUUUUUUUCGAAGGAUAUGUAUGUUACUAUCGAUUCUUGAUAACUUUUUGAUUUGUUAACCGUUUAACGCUCUCGUCACAUCAUUUGUUAGCGUUUCAAAUGUGCGACUGUUACUUAUUUAUUUAUCGUUUGUCGCUUUCUAUCACGUUCGUUUUUUGUAAUCGUGUUCUGUUUAUUAUUUAAUAGUUUAAAUUUGUUUACAUUCUAAUGUGUUUCUCGAUCAUUGAAAAGGAUCUUGAAUAGACUGAAACGUACGUAUGUAUUUGAUAUCUAACUGAUUUAAUAUAUCAUGUCUCUUACUUAGAGUCUUUUAUUAUCACUUUUACGCUCUAACACCUUGCGCCACGAUCUUUUAGCUUUUUUAUUUU